AUCCAAUUCUCACAAGCGAUUAAAUAUAGAAGAAUCAUUUAAGAUAAGAGUGUAUUACUAAGAGGAGAAAAAAUGAAAGUUGUGUACUUCCUUGUUGUCAUCUUGGCUUUAACAUCCUCUGUGGUCUCUGCCUAUGACCCUAGUCCUCUGCAAGACUUUUGUGUGGCCGCCAAAGAAAAAGAUGGUGUAUUUGUGAAUGGAAAGUUCUGCAAAGAUCCCAAACUUGUGAAAGCUGAAGACUUCUUCAGACAUGUAGAACCGGGGAAGACUGACAACCCAGUAGGUUCAAACGUGACUCAGGUGUUUGUUGAUCAACUACCGGGACUAAACACGCUGGGCAUAGCUUUGGCUCGCAUAGAUUUCGCACCAAAGGGUUUGAACGCUCCCCACACUCACCCUCGGGGCACUGAGAUCCUUAUAGUCCUUGAGGGUACUCUCUAUGUUGGAUUUGUGACUUCCAAUCAAGAUGGAAAUCGCCUCUUCACCAAAGUGCUGAACAAGGGUGAUGUGUUUGUGUUCCCAAUUGGUCUCAUUCAUUUCCAACUCAAUGUGGGAUAUGGCAAUGCUGCUGCCAUUGCUGCUCUUAGCAGUCAAAAUCCUGGAGCCAUCACCAUUGCAAAUGCUUUGUUUAAAGCUAAUCCACCUAUUUCUUCUGAGGUUCUCACCAAAGCUUUCCAGGUGGACAAGAGCAUAAUUGAUUAUCUUCAAAAGCAAUCUUGGUACGACAACAAUAACUAAUUUGGGAGUAUGGACGAGCAUUUCACACUAGCUAGUUACUGUAUAAUUGAUCACUUUAUUGUUUCAAUCACCCCAUACAACAGACCUAAUAAAUAAAAUUUAAUGUAUGGGGGUUAUUAAUUUUUAUACAUAAUAUUUGUUCUGUUUGGAGUUUGA